AUGCUCACCUUGUUGUCCUCCCGCCCGCCCCCCGCAGGAAUUGUGCACCUGGACCUCAAACCGGAGAACUUUGUGCUGGUGCAGGGCCGCCUGAAGCUGAUCGAUUUGGGUAUUAGUCAACGCCUGCCCAUGGAC